GCUUUUAAGCAAAUGUUGGUGGCGCCAGUAGUGGUAGCCUGUACGAAAAGAGGGAAGAAAAGGACGACGAUGCACGGAGUGGUUCGUCGUCGUGUGGUAUAGGGUUCGGGAAGUGGAAUGACGUCAUGUUGCUAAAGCGACGCGGCAACGCUAAGCGUCUGCGUGGGUCGGCGGGUGUCUGGGCCAGGAUCAAUAGCGUGCCAGCAACCAGGUAGUAGGUGUGAGUGUAUGUGACUUUCUGAACGGUGGCAGUCCAGGAGACGAAUCUUCCGAGGUAGGACACUUCACGAGUCGAGUACAGUUCCAGUGUCGUACCGGAGAGCGCCAUGCCAGUAUCACUACAUCACGGAACCCUCAUCGCCUAGGAUUAUUAGCUUCUCCAGGCUGCCGCAAUGUGGCCUGGAGUAUUGAAGUUAUUGGUGUUACUAACAGUCUUGCUACAUCCAUCAAGAUGCGUAUCGGCGAUGAAACCGCCGACCAACUUCCGGGAAAAGGAGAAGCAAGUGUUGGACAACAUUUUAGGACCAGGACGAUACGACGCCCGUAUCCGGCCCAGCGGAGAGAAUGCAACAGAUGGGCCGGCCAUUGUCCGGGUAAACCUGUUUGUGCGAAGCAUCGCGACAAUUAGUGACAUCAAGAUGGAAUACUCUGUACAGUUAACGUUCCGGGAACAAUGGCUGGAUGAACGGCUACGUUUUGAUGAUUUUGGAGGUCGUCUGAAAUAUUUAACGUUAACGGAUGCGAGUCGCGUUUGGAUGCCAGAUUUGUUCUUUUCAAACGAGAAGGAGGGUCAUUUUCACAAUAUUAUUAUGCCGAACGUGUACAUUCGUAUUUUCCCACAUGGUUCCGUUCUAUACAGUAUACGGAUAUCAUUAACGUUAUCGUGCCCGAUGAAUUUAAAAUUAUACCCCUUGGAUCGGCAAACUUGUUCUCUGCGCAUGGCAAGUUAUGGUUGGACCACCGACGAUUUAGUUUUCAUAUGGAAAGAGGGAGAUCCUGUACAAGUUGUUAAAAAUUUACACCUGCCUCGAUUCACGUUGGAGAAGUUUCUCACCGACUAUUGCAACAGCAAAACGAACACCGGAGAAUAUAGCUGUCUCAAAGUCGACUUGCUCUUCAAGAGAGAAUUCAGUUACUACCUUAUUCAAAUUUACAUCCCCUGCUGCAUGCUUGUCAUUGUUUCCUGGGUUUCGUUCUGGCUGGAUCAGAGUGCCGUUCCAGCUCGAGUCUCAUUAGGUGUGACAACUCUGUUGACGAUGGCUACGCAGACGUCAGGAAUAAAUGCCUCACUGCCGCCAGUGUCUUAUACAAAGGCUAUCGACGUUUGGACAGGCGUGUGCUUGACUUUCGUGUUCGGCGCUCUCCUCGAAUUCGCCCUAGUAAAUUAUGCGUCGCGUAGCGAUAUGCACAGCGAUAAUAUGGAGAAAAAAUAUCCACCGUCUGAAACGGAGCAAUCGUCGUCGAUCGAUCCAUCGUCCGAUCAAAUCGAACCAGAUAAUUCGUCGAAUUUCGCUAUGACCGGAUAUGAUGGACCACUUCAACAUUCUCUACAGAAACCUCUGGUCCGCCAACCGGAGGAUACCAUGUCGGUGGAUAGGAUGCAGCACUGCGAAUUACAUAUGCAACCACGAAAAAAAAACUGCUGCAGGUCGUGGCUGUCCAAGUUCCCGACGAGGUCCAAGCGCAUCGACGUCAUCUCACGGAUCUUCUUUCCCAUCGUAUUCGCUAUAUUCAACCUCGCGUACUGGUCCACGUACCUGUUUCGGAAGGAAGAGGAGGACGAGUAAACGUCGACGAGGAAGCGCUCGGAUCAUCAAGGAACGUGGCUCGCGGCCAUUCCGAUCAUAUUCACAAGAAACCUCAUCAUACGCGUCCACGUUGUCAACAAUAUCAUUUUCGCCAGCAUCAUCACUAUUACCAGCAUCAUCAACAUCACGGUAACACGCAACAAACCAUACAGCAACAUCCGCCGCAGCAGCAACCGCCACCGCCGCCGCCGCAGCAUCAAUCGUUACCUUCGCAACGGCAUCAGCAUCAACGUUACCACGUGCGACUCUCGCAGCCGAGGUCGUCCUCGUUCUCUUCGUUGCACAACGCCGAGAGUAGCGGCCGAUACUCCACGAGAAGCUCGCGACACUAUUGCCGAAGCCCUGCGAGGUCCUCACCGUCACCCUCGCCCUCACCCUCGCCAUCUCCUACCACGUCUCGCAGAGCGACCCCAUCGCCACCGGCGGUCACUGUACAAACGAUACCACCGCAAGACUUCAACCGUUUUCGACGACUGUCGCUUCCACGUAUCGAGAAAUGCUGUUCGGGUCUUCUACCAUGCAAAUGGUUCAAUUGUAGAGCUAAGGGUACUGCGCGAAUUGAUUACGUGUCGCGUAUCGCUUUCCCUGCCACGUUCAUCAUAUUCAAUCUCGGAUACUGGUCCACGUAUUUGUUCCAGAGCGGGGAGAACGUGGAGUCGCAGAAAUAGAACAGAAAUACGGGUGAUGCGGUAGCUUCUUCAAAGUUGACUGUACGACUGUUAGAAGUUGACCAUCGUUCCAAGAAAAUCUUAGAUCUAGCUCUGACAAGGUUUUACGAGUAUCGAACAUGCAUUUUAUUGCUUGUACAGCAGAAAAAAUGUACAUGAGACCUGUUCGAAUGGGUACUUAUUUGAAAUAGACCAUCUGUCAAUGAGGUACAGUCAACUUUUGAGAAAGUACUGCAUUUGUUUGCGCGCGACUCGAAUCCCGAUGAAGCGUUUGUUCUCUGUACCGUAGAUUAUCUUUAGAAGCGUCAGACUUGAAUUGUUACAGUUUGUUACAUUUGACAAUGAUGUGUUUAAACAUAACUUGUGUUUUAUCAACAUUUGAAAAUUGAUUCUUUGAAAAUUUUAAAUUGUUAGAUUUUAGCUCUCGGUUCAUGAAGUUUUAAUUAUCAAAAUGAGACUUAUUUUCUAACUUACUGAUUUAAUUGUAUAUGUGUAUAUGAGAAUUACGAUACAGGGAACAUCGUUUUGUGCUGCGUACGCUUGUUUAAUCCUUGUAUAAGCAACCAGAUAAUCUAAUGUGUCAAAUGUUUUGUAUAAAUUCUGUACUUGAAAAUGUCAAAAGAAUGAAGAUCUGAAGCGGUUCAGGAAACAAGAAAUUAAGUCUGGUUGUUCAUACAAGGUUUAACACAUUGAUUGCCACGAGGAUCAUAAAUGAGCUAUGAAUUGAAUAUCGAACCAAAGACACGCUGGAAGCAAUUUUUAAUAUUAUAAUAUAGAGAAAGGAAAGCUCAAAUAAAAAUAAGACAGGGGUAUUCUCAAGUCUUGUUACAGCGUGUGAUACACUCGGGUGCA